UUAAAUAAACGCCUCUGAAAUCCUUCCACCAAAGUCUGUCUUUAUAGGAUUAGACUUGCACAAACAGCUCUCCAUCAGGGGUUCCUACAAAUUUCCCACCCCGCUUACAUUGAGAUGGAGUACCGGUAAGCAUUAACGUCACCAAACGGUCAACUAAUGGAUGUUUCAACAGCUGUGACCCACCGGACUUUCCACCAAUGACAAACCUUCCACAUGUUGCCAUGAUGCCCCUCACCAUUUAUAGACAACCGACCAACACAUAACCCAACUAACAAAAGUGUUCAACACCUUGGAAUAAGAGUUAAUCAGAAGAAGGAUGUAUCGCUUUUUGGACCUGGUUUAGAUGGAACUAUACAGACAGCAUACAAACCAGUGGAAUUAAUUUGUGUGGAUAUUAAGACAGCAGACACAGCUGUAGUUUCUGAUAGACUCAGUUCUUCAUGAACACAAUGAAGAUCCUGCUUGUGUUUCUUCUGGGUCUUCGUCUUGUCAUGGUGAUGGGGCAUUGGUGUGAGCAGACGGUAGAAGAGAAGGUGGAGAGGAUCAUCUCACCACGUCUACAGCUGGAGGUUAAAUGUGCUGAGGUUUAUCAAUACAACACUCAAGGUUGGAGAUUGGAUGUGGACCGAAUGCGCCAUGAGCAUGGCGGUGAUGAUGGCAUUGCGAUGUAUUACAAAAGUCAGGGUCCCAAAGCAUCUUGUUACUUAUUCAAACUCCCGGAGAUUGAGACGGAAAUGGUGAACAGAACAGUAAGACAGUGUUGUGAAGGCUGGACCGGGCCACACUGUUCACAGGGUGUGGGUGCCAGAGGUCAGUGUUUCUCCACCUGGACAUGUGAAGAGUUUCCAGGUGUUCACAACACUUCUCUCAUGGCAUUGGAGCAAUGUUGUAGUAACCUGUGGGGUUUGAGCUGGAAGAACGCGUCUGAUGAUACCUGCCUGUCCUGCACAUACACACUCUUACCAGACAUGAGUUCUCCUCUUAUUCGUGGGGGUCUCAUCCGAGGCGUCCGGGACCCUCAGGCCUCUGCCACCUGUAUGAGUUGGGGCGGAUCUCACUAUCGCACCUUUGACAGGAAACACUUUCAUUUCCAAGGCACCUGCACAUAUCUAUUGGCUUCAUCUACGGAUGGGACGUGGACUGUGUAUAUAAGUUCAGAAUGUGACAGCUCAGGUCACUGCAGUAAGACUCUCAGGAUGAUGUUGGGUCUUGGUGUGGUCUUCAUCCAUAAAGGCAACAUGACGGUUAAUGGUUUAGUUCUCCCGCAGGGUGAAUCUCUUUUCCAAAACGGAGUCAGCGUUCACUGGUUGGGUGAUUUUGUGUUUGUGGAGAGCGGUUUGGGCGUCCGGGUGAAAUUCGACAUGGAGAACACGGUGUAUGUGACGGUUACGGCUGAACACCAGACGGCCACUCGGGGACUCUGUGGAGUAUAUAACAAUAACCCUGAUGAUGACUUCACUACCAGCAGUGGAAGUGUUUCACAAUACGCCGCCAGCUUUGGAAACUCAUGGCGCGUUCAGGAUCAGAAGUCUCAGAUCUGUAAUGAUGCUGCUGAAUUGGGUCACAGCUGCGAUGUUACUACUGAUGUCGCCCUACGUCGUAAUGCAGAGACUGCCUGUCAUCGCCUGAAAGAAGCACCGUUCCUACACUGUCAUCACCGGGUGGAUCCUGGUCCUUACAUAGACACAUGCCUCUAUCUGUACUGCAGUCUGGGUGCGAGCGAAAGGAACGCGGCGGUCUGCGAUACUUUAGCCGGUUACGUGCGCGAGUGUGCGCAGCAACACAUCGUAAUCAGCUGGAGGGGGGCAGGAUUUUGCGAGCGUGUGUGUCCCAGAGGUCAGGUGUUUUCUGACUGUGUGACGUCCUGUCCCCCCAGCUGCUCGUCUCCUCUCCCGCCUGCAUCAGGACAAUGCAGAGAUGAGUGUGUUGGGGGCUGCGAGUGUCCUCAGGGUCUCUAUCUUCAUGCCGGUCAGUGCCUGAGACGAGACGAUUGUCCGUGUUUCUACAGACGCCACACGUACGGUACAGGAGGCACGAUUACACAGAAGUGUAACACCUGCGUAUGUCGAGCGGGUCAGUGGGAAUGUUCUGGAGAGAGGUGUGAAGCUCAGUGUACUGUGACUGGUGGAAUGCACAUCACAACAUUUGAUCAGAAGAGAUACGGCCUGCAGGGCGGCGACUGUCGCUUCACAGCUGUAGAGGAUUUUGUAGAUAAGAAGCUCACUGUGACCAUCAGUGGAGGCUCAUGUGCUGGUGGAGGAGCUGAUGGAUGUCUGAGAGAACUGACCAUCACUGUGCUUCAUACAACAGUGAUCAUUACAGACGCAGGUUCGGUGAUGGUGAAUGGUCAGAGGGAGAUGUUGCCAGUCAUAACAGGUGAUCUGAUGGUCAGAAAAGCUUCCUCUAGUUUUCUAGUAGUUCAGGCAUUUGGAGCUCAAUUGAUGUGGUAUCUGGAUGGUCCUCUGCUCUUCAUCACCCUACAACCUGGCUUUGCUCAUAAGGUUCGAGGGUUAUGUGGCACUCUGACCUGGAGUCAACAUGAUGACUUCACCACACCUGAAGGUGAUGUAGAAAACAGCGUUCCCUCUUUUGCCGACAAGUUCAGCAUAGGGUCAUGCCCUGUAACCUUAGCCGUGACCUCUGACCCCUGUGGGACGUAUACUCAGCGCAGACAGUACGCAGAGAGCGUUUGCUCUGUUAUCCAGAGCUCGGUGUUUCAGCCAUGUCAUGAUGUGGUGGACAGAGAGUCGUACCUGCGUCUGUGUUUAAGUGAGGUGUGCAGCUGUGGCCCCCUGAAGUCCUGCCAGUGCACCGUCCUCACUGCCUACUCCCGUCAGUGUGCCCAGGAGGGGGCGCCGGUGAGCUGGAGAAAUCGCACCUUCUGCCCUGUGCAGUGUUCAGGUGGACAGGUAUAUCAAGAAUGCGGGCGUCCAUGCGGAGCUUCUUGUUCUGAUCUGUGGCGAGGUUGGAGCUGUGAGGGUGAGGACAGCAGGAACUGUGUGCCAGGGUGUCAAUGCCCGGACGGACUGGCACAAGACAGUGAGGGUCAGUGUGUUCCAGUUGACAUGUGUCCAUGCAUGCACGGAGACAAACUCCACCCUGCAGGAACUACCAUACAGAAGAACUGCAACAGCUGCGUGUGUGCACGUGGCGUGUGGACCUGCACAGAUCUCACCUGUCCUGAGGUCAGUCAAUGUCCAGGGUCUCUCAUCUUCUCUCCUCACUCAUGUUUGAGAACAUGCUCCAGUCCAAACUCUCCUCUAGAUGUCUGCACCGAACCCAUCCACGGCUGCGUCUGCCCUGAAGGGACCGUGCUGCUGGAUGAUAAAUGUGUGACGCCUGAUGAAUGUCCGUGUCACCACAACGGCAAACUGUAUUUCACCAAUGACACCAUCUCUAAAGACUGCAACACAUGCGUCUGUCGAGAUCAGCGUUGGCACUGCGGUCAGCUGUUAUGUGCGGGUACCUGCGUGGCCACGGGUGAUCCUCAUUACAUCAGUUUUGAUGGGCGUUACUUCUCUUUCCUGGGCGACUGUGAGUAUGUGCUGGCCCAAGAGACGAGCGGUCUGUUCAGCGUGACUGCUGAGAACGUUCCCUGCGGGAGCACAGGGGUCACAUGCACGAAAUCUGUCACGCUGACUGUCGGCAACACGGCCAUACACCUGCUCAGAGGUAAAGCUGUGACUGUAAAUGGUAUUCCAGUGACUCUUCCGAAGUCAUAUUCUGGCAGUGGAUUGGUUCUGGAGCGGAUCGGGAUGUUUGUGUCUCUCACCUCUCGACUCGGAGUCACUCUGCUUUGGGAUGGAGGUAUGCGCCUCUAUGUGCGACUGAUGCCACAUUUGCGUAGCCGAGUUGGAGGAUUAUGUGGAAACUUUGAUGGUGACGCUGAGAAUGACUUCACUACAAGACAAGGCAUCAUGGAGUCAACUCCAGAACUGUUUGGAAACUCCUGGAAAGUCAGUCCUUCCUGUCCUGAUGUCACGGACCAGGACCUCCGGGACCCCUGCAUUAUCAACCCUCACAGGGUAACAUGGGCGAAGAAAAAAUGUGCCGUGAUUGGUCAGGAGAUCUUUAGCCCGUGUCACGCAGAGGUGCCGUUCCAGAUCUACUACGACUGGUGUGUUUUUGAUGCCUGUGGCUGUGAUUCAGGAGGAGACUGUGAAUGUCUGUGUACAGCGAUCUCUGCGUAUGCUGAGGAGUGUAACCGCAGAGGAGUUUAUAUACGCUGGAGGUCACAGGGACUCUGUCCUCUUCAGUGUGAGAAUGGUUUGGUGUAUGAGGCCUGUGGUCCUGCCUGUUCUCCUUCAUGUCCCAGUUCUCCUCCAAACCCUGAAACUCUCUGUAAUGCCCUCUCAUGUGUUGAAGGCUGCUUCUGUCCUCACGGCACCGUACGGCACGGUGAUUCUUGUAUCCCUGAGUCUCAGUGUCCGUGCGAGUGGGACGGGUCUUUGUUUCCUGCGGGAGCGACUGUUGUUCAACACUGUCAGAACUGUUCAUGCUCUGAUGGGAGGUGGCAUUGCGUUGGUUCUCCAUGUUCUCCUCCGUCGCCCUGCAAGGACUCUGAGUUCCUGUGCUCAGGUGGAUCUCAGCGUUGUAUUCCGGCUCUCUGGCUCUGUGAUAACGAAGACGACUGCGGUGAUGGCUCUGAUGAGAUCUGUCCGUCCACGUGCGCUCCGGGUCACUUCCGCUGUUCCGCAGGUCCCUGCUUACCCCUGGAGCUCAGAUGUAACGGACACCCCGAUUGUGCCGACCAAUCGGACGAGGACUUCUGUGCCCCGACAUCACCUGUACCUGCCUGUCCAGCCGGAGAGUUCAGUUGUGCCAACGGCCGCUGUUUACCAGCGAGGAAAAUCUGUGAUGGGAAGCUGGAUUGUGGAUUUGCAGACGAUUCUGAUGAGCAUGACUGCGGCGUGCUGUGUAGACAGGAUGAGUUUCGCUGUUCGUUGGGUCGCUGUGUCCUCUAUCUUCAUCGCUGUGAUGGUCACGAUGACUGUGGAGAUUAUAGUGAUGAGAGAGGUUGUGUGUGUUCACUUGGAGAGUUUCAAUGUCCCAAUGAUCAGUGUGUACCUGCAGACCGAGUCUGUGACGGCCAUAGAGACUGUCCAUCCGGCAUCGAUGAGCUCAUCUGUCCUGUUAAAGGGUGCAGUCAGUAUGAAUUCGGAUGUACGAGCGGUCAGUGCGUCCCGCUGGCCUGGCGCUGUGACGGUGAGACAGACUGUCUGGAUGGGACUGAUGAGAAGCAUUGUUCUCGCACGUGCCAACCUGACCAGUUUCUCUGUCAUACUGGAGACCAGUGUAUCCAACACCAGCAGCUGUGCGAUGGGACGCCAAACUGCAAAGAUGCUUCAGACGAGAGCGUGGACAACUGCGGUUCCACACGGAUUCCUCCGUGUCCGGAGAGCUUCUCCUGUGAUAACCGCACAUGCGUCAAUGCUUCACGUGUGUGUAAUGGGAUCCCUGACUGCCCCAAAGGAGAGGACGAGAUUUUGUGUGAUAAACUCAGACCCACCGCAGCGCCACCUAGUGAUGGAAACACAAGUGUUGUCUGUCCAGAGUUCACCUGUGCUGACGGAUCAUGUGUUCCCUUCAGUGCGUUAUGUAAUGGUAUAGCAGACUGUCCAGCUGCGGGUCCCUCGGAUGAGCAGGACUGUGGUAACUGGGGCUCCUGGGGGCCGUGGAGUUCCUGCAGUAAUAGCUGUGGAGCCGGGACCAAGAGCCGACAGAGACGCUGCACUCCAGAGGAUUCAGACAGAUACUGUAGAGGCGAGAGCAUCCAGAGACAGCAGUGUUACUCUACAGCCUGUCCAGUUGAUGGCUACUGGCUGCCGUGGGUGACGUGGUCAAAUUGUAGUGCAGGUUGUGGAGGGGUGGAGGUGCGUCGGAGAGAAUGUUUCCCACCACAGAAUGGAGGCAAAGCCUGCGCAGACCUGCCUGGAGAAACAAAUCACACUACAGACAUCAGACCGUGUCCUCAGGACAGCUGUUCUAAUGUCUCGUGUCCAGCGGGUCUCGUCAAACACAGCUGUGUGUCGUGCCCUUUGACCUGUGCUCAUGUGUCCGGGUCAAUGACAUGCGACCCAAACUCCAAAUGUUUCACAGGCUGCUGGUGUCCUGAUGGGAUGGUCAUGAACCACGAGGGCCAAUGUGUCCUGCCAGAUGAAUGUGUUUGUGAAGUGUCCGGGGUCCGGUAUUGGCCCGGUCAACAGGUUAAAGUGGGCUGUGACAUCUGUGUGUGUGAAAGAGGAAAAGCCCAGCGAUGUCAACCUAACCCAGAGUGUUCUGUUCACUGUGGUUGGUCGUCCUGGUCAUCAUGGGGUGAAUGUUUGGGUCCGUGUGGAGUUCAAAGUGUUCAGUGGUCGUUCCGCAGCCCGAACAACCCCUUGAAAUACGGCAAUGGACGACAAUGUCGUGGGAUUUACCGGAAGGCCAGACGCUGUCAGACGGAGCUGUGCAGUGAAUGUGAACAUGCGGGUCACUCGUAUCCAGUGGGCGAGCGCUGGAAAGGGAGUCACUGCCAGCUGUGCCAAUGUUUGCCCAAUCUGACGGUGCAGUGCGCCCCCUACUGCCCAUACACUGCCACUGGAUGCCCACAGGAUCAAACUCUGAUUCCAGCAGAAGGAGAUCGAUGUUGUCGUUGUGAAGGUAAUGGCACCACUAUAUUAGCAACUACACCCAUCACCCUUCCAAUAACAUUUGAGGGCCCAACACCAUCAGUGAUCCCUCCAUCUAUACCAACAUACCCACUGCCACCGGAAGAUGAGUGCUGGUCACCUUUGGGUAUCCAGUCGCUCCCUGCAGCCAGUUUCAGCGCUUCAUCCUACCAGCCAGGUCAUCCUCCAUCAGCGGGACGCCUGCACGCACGAGACCUCCACAACGACCUGCAGGGUUGGAGCCCAGAACCGGAGGAGUACAGAGACCUCUCACCAGGGGCUCCUGAGGGGCACAGGAUCUCCACACACGCCCCAUAUCUCCAGAUAGACCUGCUGAGACCCUACAAUAUCACAGGUGUGUUGACUCAGGGUGGAGGUGUCUUCGAUACCUUUGUGUCCAGCUUCUACCUGCAGUUCAGCAAUGAUGGACAUCAGUGGUACAUGUACAAAGAGUUCAUCACUGAUGCCAGACCCAAAGCCAAGGUGUUUUUGGGAAACAGAGAUGAUCGUAAUGUCGCUCUGUCCCGAUUGGACCGGAUGGUGUCGGCACGGUUUGUUCGAGUUUUGCCUCAUGACUUUCAGAACGGAAUUUAUCUGAGAGUUGAACUCAUGGGCUGCGCUGAUGAGCAUCAUUGGUCCACUCCUACUCCUCCACUGACCGUCUCGCCUCCACUGCGUCCCUGCAGAGAAAGAGAGUUUUUGUGUGGGAACGGCCGCUGUGUGCCCGCUGGCCCUCAGGGGGCGCUGUGUAAUGGCCGUGACGACUGUGGAGAUGCUACAGACGAACUAAACUGUGGUACUCGGCCAACUCCUACCAAACGCUGCCCAUCAGGUCAGUUCUCCUGUCCUCCACCAGGGGGCUGUAUUGAGUCAGCGCAGCGGUGUGAUGGAGUUCCUCAUUGUCCUGAUGGUGCUGAUGAGAGAGACUGUACACAUACAAAUAUAACCCACAUCACGCCUACAGCCGCCCCUCUCAGGACACCCAGCAAGAAGCCCAUAACCACACCAAAAGUUAUCACCACCACAGAGGCAGGACCUGGUGCAAGAGGUAUCUGCUCUUCUGCUCUUGGAUUUGAGGAUGGGCGUGUCAAUUACGGACAGCUGAGCUCGUCCUCCUACAGGGAGAAUAAUCCGGCUGAUGCAGGCCGUCUCAAUGUUGUGCCUAAUGUUAUGAUCAUGGAGCCUGGAUGGAGUCCGUUGCCCAGUGAUCCUCAUCCGUUCUUGCAGGUGGAUUUCCUGGAGCCCACUUGGAUAUCAGGGGUGGUGACGCAGGGCAGCGAGCGUAUGUGGGGUUACCUCACUAAAUACAGACUCGCUUUCGCUUUAACGGACAAUCACUUUACCGACUUCACUGAGACCGGAGAGAGAGGAUCUGCUCCGAAGAUAUUUGAGGUGAGGAUGGUGGGUCGUACCCCAGUCACACGUUGGUUGGAGAGGCUGGUGAAAGCUCGCUAUCUCCGCAUCAUUCCUGUCGAGUACAGACACACUUUCUACCUGAGGGUCGAGGUUCUGGGCUGCAGAGGAGAUGAGUUGGUCACACCCAGUAGUGCACUAUCCACAGCGUCACAUGGUGUACCAGGAUUACAGAAUCGCACUGGACCGACAGGAAGUCCUGGUCAUUAUGUCACCUCUGGACCUCCAGGGCUCCACACCACAAGUCCUCAAGAUGGCCACCCUGGUGUGGCUCCGCCCACUAAUGUCACAACAGCGGCACCUGAUCUCAUCAGCCCACGAGGACCAACAGGAGAACCAGGUUACUUAGACAUGACGACACCCUAUGAUGACGGUUUACCCAGAGUUCUGUGCGUCGAGGGCCAGUUUGUCUGUAGGAGUUUUGGUUGUGUGGAAGCAGCACUCGUGUGUGAUGGACGUAAAGAUUGUCCUGAUGGCUCAGAUGAAGUCCACUGCGGGACCAUCACACCUGUACCAGGGCCCAUACCACCCAGCCAACAGCCCGUGGUACCCAAACCCUGCUCAGUCAAACAGUUCAGCUGCUGGAGUGGAGAGUGUGUGAGUUUGGGUAAGAGGUGUGAUCUCCACCGAGACUGUGCCGAUGGUUCGGAUGAGCAGGACUGCUAUGAUUGUAUUUUGUCUCCGUGGAGUUCGUGGAGUCAGUGCAGUGUUUCGUGUGGACUGGGUUCAUUGUUUCGUCAGAGGAGCAUCAUGAGGGACGCCCGGCCGGGCGGUGCCUGCGGAGGAGCUCAGUUUGACAGCCGGGCGUGUUUUCUACAGGCCUGUCCAGUGGAUGGUCAGUGGUCCAAGUGGUCCGAAUGGUCAGCAUGUGACGUCCCGUGCGGUGGAGGACUGAGUGUGCGAAACAGAACCUGUUCAAACCCUCCACCUAAAAACGGUGGUAAAGAGUGUGAGGGAAUGAUCAGACAAACACACACCUGUAACCCACACACCUGCGGUCCUGAUACUGACACACAUACGGGUUGCACAGGAGGAAUGAUGUUGGUGAAAGAGUCGGACUGUUUGGCUGGAGGAAUCGAUCCGUGUCCUAUGAGCUGCUCUGAUCUUUAUUAUCAGACCAACUGCACAUCAAACUGCACUACAGGAUGUCGUUGUCCUCCUGGACUCCUUUUGCAAGCUGGUCGUUGUGUCAGUGCCGGUGAAUGUGAGUGUUUAUGGGAAGGUUCUGUCAUCCAGCCUGGAGAAGAAGUUCGCAAUGACAGCUGCAGCUCAUGCGUGUGUAAAGAGGGGCGUGUCGUGUGCGAUGAGUCCAGCUGUGUGGCUCGCUGUGAUUGGUCGGCGUGGUCGUCAUGGACGUCAUGUGACAGUAUCUGUGGGACGGGGAUACAGCAUCGUUACAGGUCUGCUCUAAGCCCGAGGUUGGCGUUGCGAGUCGAGCCGUGUGAUGGUGACUCUACAGAAGCCCGUCGGUGCUACACACCCUGUUCAGAGGGUCCAGAGGGGGGCGAAUGGAGCGAGUGGACGAUGUGGUCCGAGUGCAGUAAGACGUGUUUUCAUCAUGUUGAUGCUGUGGGAAUGAGACGGAGAUUUAGGAGCUGUAAUCACACAGAUGCUAGCGCCCCCUGUGGCGGAGACGCAGAAGAACAGGAACCAUGCAACACAAACCACUGCCCAGUUAAUGGUGGCUGGUCGUCCUGGUCCAGCUGGUCUGAAUGUUCAUCGGAGUGUGAUUCUGGCGUUCAGACGAGAGAUCGAUUCUGCAGCGCUCCUCCUCCUCUAUACGGGGGUCUCGGAUGUCCCGGGCCCCACUUACAAACACGAGACUGUAACGUCCAACCCUGCACGGGUGUGUGUCCAGAAGGAAUGAGCUUCAUGUCUAAGGAUCAGUGUCGGUCUCAAGGCGGCGCGUGUCCUCGUGUGUGUCUGGAUACCAUGUUGGACGUUGAGUGUACUACUGAGUGUUAUGAUGGCUGUUAUUGUUCUGCCGGUCACUAUCUGUUCAACAACACGUGUGUUCCUAUAGAGCGCUGCCCGUGUUUUCAUAAGGGUGUGCUUUACAUGCCGGGUCACACCGUACCCUACGACCACUGUAACAACUGCACCUGUGUUAAUGGAGAUAUGACGUGUGGAACGGAGCCCUGUCCUGUGGAUUGUGGGUGGAGUGAAUGGACAGCCUGGAGCGCGUGCAGUCGUACCUGUGACGUGGGCAUCAGACGACGCUAUCGAUCAGGGACCAAUCCAGCACCGGCUUUCGGUGGGCGUGCCUGUGAGGGGGAACGCAUCGGAAUGGACACAUGCAGCAUUACACCUUGUUUUGGAGUGAAAGGUCCGUGGAGCUCGUGGUCCGAGUGUUCGGUUCCCUGUGGUGGUGGUUACAGGAACCGUACCAGAGGUCCUUUGAGAACACAUGGAACCCCUCAGCAGUUCAGCGCCUGUAACCUGCAGCCGUGCGGAGGUGGACGUGUGUGUGCACCGGGUCAAGAGUGGAGCGCUUGUGUGAGAGAUGUCUUAUUGUGUUCUGAUUUGGGAACUGAUGCCCCGAGAGAUGCCACCUGCCAUCCUGGAUGUCAAUGCCCUGAGGGAUCAGCCUUACAGGAUGGAGUGUGUGUGUCUCUGUCUCUCUGUCCAUGUCACGUUGAUGGACAGCAGCAUGAACCAGGAGCAACAGUCACUAAAGACUGUAAUAACUGCACGUGUGAAUCAGGAGGACUUGUCAACUGUACAAAUGUGCAAUGUGAUGUGGACGGUGCCUGGUCAUCUUGGACUCCGUGGGGUUUGUGUUCUGUGUCAUGUGGUGCUGGUCUGCAGUCUCGCUAUCGGUUCUGUUCUAACCCGGAGCGGAUGGGAACCGGACGGCCUUGCGUCGGCCCGGACAGACAGGACAGAGUUUGUGCUUCGGCACCCUGCAGCCGAGAUGGUGGCUGGAGUGAAUGGACGUCCUGGACGGAUUGUACCAAGUCAUGUGGUGGUGGCGUGCGGAGCCGCAGGAGAGACUGUGAUAGGCCCAUUAAAGGAGGUGAUGGUGACUAUUGUGAAGGACUGGGAACAGAGAUCAUCACGUGUAACACAGACCACUGUCCAGUUGCGCCAUGUUCACAUGUUUCAGGAACUGUGUUUAGUGCGUGUGGGCCGUCCUGUCCACGCUCAUGUGAUGACCUCACUUACUGUGAUUGGCGCUGUGAGCCCGGCUGUUACUGUACUGAUGGUAAAGUUUUGAACUCAAAUGGGUCGGAGUGUGUUGAGAGAGAGUCCUGCCCGUGUCUGGAUAUGCUCACUGGACGACGGGUCGAAUCCGGAGAGAUCGUACCCGCUCCAGACGGCUGCAAUAACUGCACCUGUGAGGGAGGAAAACUCAUCUGCAGUGAAACGCCGUGUCCAGUGGAUGGAGGUUGGUGUGAAUGGUCAGAUUGGACGCCGUGCUCCAAGACCUGUGGUGCAGAGUGGGUUUCUCGAUACCGCAGCUGUGCCUGUCCUGAACCCAGAUCAGGCGGAGCACCGUGCCCUGAUCAAGAGGAGGAACACGCUGGACUGGGCGUACAGAUCCAGAGACAGCCGUGUCCAUCUGUUACCUUCUGCCCUGUUCAUGGCUCAUGGGGUUCGUGGGGUUCGUGGUCAGAUUGUGACGUCUGUGCAGGUGAAUCUGUCAGACAGCGGGUGUGUAACAGUCCUCCAGCAAAGUUUGGCGGUCUGCCCUGUCACGGAGAGAGCCGACAGAGCCGAGGCUGUCAUGACAACAUCACCGAUUGUACAGACUGUGGUGGUGGUCAGGAGUAUUGGCCCUGUGGGAAACCCUGUCCCCGUUCCUGCUCCGAUCUCCAUGGAGACACGGAGUGCAUUGAUGAUCCGGGAUGCAGUCCGACCUGUGGUUGUCCUGGAGACGGGCUGCUGCAGGACGGCGUGUGUGUGGAUCGAGAUCUGUGUCGAUGUAAAUUUCACAACAGCAGCACGAUUGGGUUAGACGCUGGUAAUGUUUCUUGGGCCUGGUCUGGAGAAUCAGACUGGAAACAUGCAAAUCCAGGAGAGGCGAUCAUCACUGACUGUAAUAACUGCACGUGUGAAGCGGGCGUCCUGCAUUGUGAAUCACUUCCUGGUUGUUUUGUCGAUGGUGGGUGGGGCCAAUGGGCAUCCUGGUCCGAAUGUUCUGCCCCAUGUGGGGGCGGGGUUAGAAUGCGUUUGCGUCAGUGUAAUAACCCCGCCCCUCAGGGUGGCGGCAGAGAGUGCGCGGGAUCAGGUGAACAGCUGAAAGUGUGUAACACUCACAACUGCACAGACUCAGGGCCGUGGUACGACUGGUCACCGUGGUCUUUGUGCACUGUCAGUUGUGGAGGAGGCUCUCAAAGUCGUAGCCGCACCUGUCGAGCGCCACCCUGCACGGGCAUGAAGCGUCAGAGCAAGACGUGUAACACACAAGUAUGCCUGGAGGUGGGUUGUCCUCCCGGUCGUCUCUAUAGAGAGUGUGACGAUGGAGACGGUUGUCCGUUUAGCUGUUCUCAGGUCAGUGGUCAUGAGGGUUGUUACUCAGAGGGCUGUGAUGAGGGUUGCCGCUGUCCGCCCAACACUUACCAGCACAACGGAACCUGCGUUCAUGAAUGUCCGUGUUUGGUGGACAGCGAGUUCCUGUCCUCUUUACAGAGUGUAUCGAUGACACCUGAUGUGACCCCUGACCUCCAGAACAUCACACUGGGAACAGAGCUGAUGUCUGGAGAGGAGAUCAUGCAUGAGUGUAGCUCCUGUUCAUGUGAGCACGGUCUGUGGAACUGUUCUCUGGUGCCGUGUCCCCGUGAUGGGGGUCUUUCUCAUUGGGGCCCCUGGGGUCCCUGCUCAUUGAGCUGUGGAGGUUUAGGUCAGAAGAGUCGCAGCAGAAGCUGUAAUCAGCCGACUCCUGCUCACGGGGGACGAGACUGUCAAGGGCCUCUGCUGGACACCGCAUACUGUCAGACACCUGACUGUUCAGUGGUGUCUGUCCCAACAGAGGAACCGUCUCUACCAGAUGAGGAUACUGGGUUCUCUCAAUGGACAGCGUGGUCUCAGUGCUCGAGGACCUGCAGUGAUUCGCGUUUUUCCGCUCUGAAGGUCCGAAUGAGAGAGUGUGUCCGUGAGCUCUGCUCUGGAGCGACCCGACAGGAACGAGUCUGUAACCUGCCACAGUGUCCCGAUGGCGGUGUGUGUCAGGGGCCGGACUGUGCUCAUAGGAACUGUUCAUGGACCGAAUGGGCGGACUGGACUCCCUGUUCUCGCUCCUGUGGGGUGGGACAACAGCAGCGUGUUCGGACCUUCAUCGCCCCGGGUGUCAAUGGUACCUGGUGUCAGGACAUCCUGGGAGGAAACGUGGAAAACCGGUUUUGUAAUAUCCGUGCCUGCCGUGUGGAUGGAGGUUGGUCUCGCUGGAGCUCCUGGUCUCUCUGUGAUAAAGUUUGUGGAGGAGGACGGUCCAUCAGAACUCGCUCCUGUUCGAGUCCUCCACCCAAAAAUGGAGGUCACAAUUGUUCAGGAGAGAAGAAUCAGGUCAAGCCCUGUAACACCAGACCAUGCGAUGAUCACGGCUGUCCACCUGGUCUGGUUUUUGUGUCGUGUGCUAAUGAAUGUCCACAGCGCUGUUCAGAUCUACAGCAGGGGAUUCACUGUCAGCGCAGCACUGAAUGUCAGCCGGGCUGUCGAUGCCCAUACGGUCGAUUACUGCAGGAUGGAGUUUGUGUUCAGUUGUGGCAGUGUGACUGUCUGGACUCAUUGGGUCAGAGCUGGACUGCAGGCAGCAUUCAUCAGGUGGACUGUAAUAACUGCAGCUGCGCAGAUGGCUCGCUCACCUGUACCAAUCACACCUGCGCAGGUGAAAGCGCCUGCACGUGGAGCACCUGGUCAAACUGGGCGUCGUGCAGCAGCACCUGCGGUCCUGGACAGAGGACGCGGUUCAGGUCUUUGGUACCAGAGAGAGUUGAUGCUAACUGUCAGUUUGAAGAAGUCCAACACAAACCAUGUGACUCAGGGUUGUGUCCUCCGCUGUGUGUUCAUGAUGGGCAGGAGCUGUCUGUGGGAGAUACCUGGUUAGCUGGGGAAUGUGAACAAUGUACCUGUAUUCCUGAAGGAGAAUACUGUCAGGAUAUAGACUGUCGAGUUAAUGGUGGAUGGACACCGUGGUCUCUGUGGUCCGCCUGUCCUGUGACCUGUGGAAAGGGUAAACAGAUUCGAACCCGAGCCUGUAUCAACCCCCCACCACGAAACAAUGGCACACACUGCACAGGACCUGAGAGAGACACGCAAGAUUGUCGCACUGGACCUUGUCUUGAUGAUUUGUGUCCAUGGUCAUCGUGGUCGCACUGUUCUCGGAGCUGUGGGGCUGGUGUGAUCUCCAGACAUCGACAGUGUUUGUGUGAAGACGACGGGGAUCAUGCAUGUCCUCCAGAGAUCGAGACCAACAGAGAAGAGACACAGUUGUGUUAUAAGAGACCCUGCCCAGACUGUGUGAUGUCUGAAUGGAGCGAGUGGUCUGUGUGUUCUUGUGUAUCUCAAUAUCAGCAGCGGUUUCGUGCACCGUUGGUUUCGGCCACCAGUGGGCAGCACUGCACUGAUCUUGAGAGGGAGAGUCGACCCUGCACACCUGACAACUGCCAAGACUGUCAAGAACCCUUCCUGUUCUCUGAAUGUGGAUCUCCGUGUGAGAAACACUGUGAUCUGUUGGGUCAAACUGAGACUUGUGUUACCCAUCAAAACUGCACGCCCGGCUGUUUCUGUCCUGAGGGUCUCCUGCAGCAGAAUGGAUCUUGUGUCCGUCCGGAUCAGUGUGGAUGUGUUCAUCUUCAGCAUCAGGGAUCAGAUAGACCUGUACCUGUCAUUGUCCCUCAGGGGGCGCUGCUCACCAUCGGCUGCAGGACAUGUCUUUGUCAUGAUGGGUCUCUGCAGUGUGAUUCACAGGAAUGUGCAGUGAUGGUCAGUGAGUGGUCAGAAUGGACCUCCUGCUCUCCGUGUAUCCCAGCGUCCUCGUCUCUCUCUGGUGAGAUGGGUUCAGGUUUUGUAUCUGUACAGCGGCGGUUUCGCGCGUGUCUGGAUGUUGAGUCGGGUCUGCUGGCAGGCGGGUGUGAGGAGGAGCUGGAGGAAGAGAGGCUCUGCCCGCAGCCGGACAUCUGUGCAGAUCUGUGUCAGUGGAGCGCGUGGAGUGUAUGGAGCGCAUGUAAAGACCCCUGCAGCGGAGGUUUCCGUCAGCGCGAGCGACGACCCCUGACCUCUGACCCUGCACCUCACUGCAGAAGCAUGCAGAUGCAAUCUCAGAGCUGCAACACCGCCAUCUGUCCUGGCGAGCACUGUGAGGACAGGGGGCGUGUCUAUGAUGACUCCUGCGCCAAUCGAUGUCCACGCACCUGCGCAGACCUGUGGGAUCACAUUCAGUGUCUGCAGGGCACCUGUCACGCAGGGUGUCGAUGUGCAGACGGACGACUCUUACAGGACGGCUUGUGCGUACGAGUGGAUGAAUGUCGCUGUGGUGUUCCAGCGGAGAACGGAACGCUGGAGAUCCGGCCUGGACAAAACAUAACCGUCGACUGCAAUAGCUGCAUGUGUGUUAAUGGGUCAUUGGAGUGUUCAGAUCGGAUAUGUCCCAUCUACGGUCCUUGGGGAGCAUGGAGCGAGUGCUCGGUGUCUUGUGGGUCAGGUAUGCGGAUACGCAAUCGACCCUGCACACGCAUGACAGGAGGUCCGGCCUGCGAAAACACGGUCCAGAAUCAAACCUGCUAUCUGUCACCAUGUCCAGCCGGUUGUGUGUUAAGCGAAUGGUCGCCCUGGACUGACUGUAGCGCCUCCUGUGGUGGAGGAGUGUCACUGCGCAGAAAGACCGUCCUACAGGAACCAGAACCCGGGGGUCUGAUCUGUCCCGGACCCUUGGAGCAACACACGGCAUGCAAUACUAACAGCUGCCUGCCUGAUUGUCCUCCCGGUCAAGAGUUCAGCUCCUGUGCAGGUUUGUGUCCAUACAGUUGUGAGGACCUUUGGCCUGAGAAUCAAUGUGUACCCGUCACCUGCACUCCUGGAUGUAUCUGUCCCAACGGAGAGGUUAUGCUGAACGGUACUUGCGUCCCACAAUCCGAAUGUCCUUGUUCUCCUCUCUCUCUCCUGCUGGCUUUUCCCAACAUCACUCUGGAUAUUCAGGAUCAGGAAGUUCCCUCUGGAACCAUCAUACCACACUUGUGCAACUCUUGUGUUUGUGAUGGUGGCGUCUUCACCUGCACUAAUAAGUCAUGUGAUGUGGACUGUGAGUGGAGUAGCUGGUCGGCGUGGAGUUGGUGUUCAGUGUCGUGUGGAUCGGGACAGCAGUUUUCCAGUCGGACGGUUCAGAGACAGCGUCAGUACAGUGGACAGGAGUGUGAGGGACCCUCAUACAGAACCCAAACCUGCAAAGGCCCUGAAUGUGGGUGUCCGGAGGGUGAACGUUGGCUUUGGGGUCUUACCGGAUCGGAGCGAGUGUGUGAGAGAAGAUGUUUGGAUCUUUACCGUCCAGAACCGCUGAACUGCACCGGUCCCGGGUCCACAGAUGGGUGUGUGUGUGAAGAGGGACGCUAUCGUAACCCGCAGGGCGAGUGUGUGAUUCCGGCUCUGUGUCCGUGCGAAGAGGAUGAUGGAGGAGUUCGAGAGCCGGGGUCUGAAUGGGAGGACGGCUGUCAGUCAUGUCGAUGUGUCAAUGGUCAGAAACACUGUCAAUCAAACUGUCCUUCACUUCAUUGCUCUGAGGGUGAAGUGAAGAUUCUGGAACCAGGGGUCUGUUGUCCUGUGUGCAGGAGAGAGUAUCCAGAGGAUCCUGUUGCCGAGUGCCGUCGUUACACUGAGGUCAGGAACAUCACCAAGGGCGACUGUCGCCUCGACAACGUGGAGGUCAGCUUCUGUAGAGGGCGCUGCCUAUCCAGAAUCGAUGUCAUUCUUGAGGAGCCGUACCUCCAGGCAUUUUGUGACUGUUGCAGCUACAGGCUGGACCCCCAGAAUCCCGUCCGCUUUCUCAGUCUGCAGUGUGCCAGCGGAGACACAGAGCCUGUGGUUCUGCCCGUCAUUCACAGCUGCGAGUGUACCAGCUGUCAGGGUGGAGACCUGUCGAGACGUUGAAUGGCCACUGAUGAAUGGACAGAGCGUUUGGAUGUGAUGUCCUUUUAUUCGUCCGGUCUUACUUGUGUAGCUUGUCAUUAUAUGACUGAAUCUUUUCUAUUUAAUAUUUCCAAAGCUCUACGAGAUUUACAUUCUGUACAGCCUUUAAAUUAUGAUUUAUUACUUAUUAUUUCAGUCUUUAUUAUACCUUGUAUUUUAAUUAAACGCUGUAUUACACUAGCUCUCCUGAAUUAUUAGCCUACCAAAGGCUUUAAUCUUUGUUAUCAUAACAGUUAAUUACUUUAAUACAGGUUUGUAGCAAAUGUGUUAUAUUAAAAGAUACAUUAAGAGAUUUCUAUGUGAUGUAGGUCACCAAAGAUUAUUAAGAAAAUGUCUGUAUGUGCAUUUGAGUCAAUCUCAUGACCAAUGUUUGGGGUUAAACAUCAAACCUCAAAUAAAGAAAACAAACAUUUGUUUGCAGUUUUUUGUAAGACUCACCCCUGUGAUGUAUAUUCGUCUGCACACUGUGUGAGUUUGUGUGUGUGAGAGAGAUGAGAGGCUGGAAGAUCUCACUGUGGGAUGCCAUGCGCUCCUGACUAAAUAUGGGAAAAACGCUCCGCGCGCCCCCUUGUGAAGCCCGUGAACCCAGUUUCAAUCAGUCACGUAACAGAUUUUUAAACAGAUACCCUCUUUAAAAUCAAAACCCCACGCAUUUGUGAAUCUCAUGCUAAUUAGGCUGAGAUCUCCGGCGUUUUUUGUAUUCAUCGGAGCACAUCUAUAUAAUUGUCACGGCCACGAGGAAAGCCUUUUGUCCGGGAGCGAGUGACGGUGCAGGGAAACCCCACGUUCGCGACUCGUGCAUCCACGGUGACGUAUCAUGUACAGUGUGACAGCGCGACACCCCUGAUGGUGGAAAACAAAGCGCAGACGCGUGCGCUCGAGAAGCUGUCAGAUGGAGAAGGAGCGCGUAUUGAUGCCGGUGCGAUGCUCGGGAAGUGUUUAGUUUGCUUUUCGUUCGCGACUCAUGAUUUCUGACUCUUUCUACGACAGCCCGGGGCGUGACGACAUCAAAGAUUCGCCUCGUCCACCUGCGAACACAAAACCCAAACGACAUCUCUGACUGCGCGAUGAAAUGAACUAGACUAU